GUCAAAGCAGCGUAGAAGACAGGAAGGGCGACUAGGUGGAAAGGAAAAGCUUUGCUGCGAUAGAUCUGAAAUCUAAGUCAAAUGGAGAAUCGACGGCCGAAUUCCUCGAGGUACAGGAAGCGAGAGUAUAGGGAGACGGUUGAUGACGACGGCAGUAACGCUGCAACCAUGGGCGGUGUGUUGGAGACGGCGAAGGCAGAUAGAGCGGUGUGGCUCAUGAAAUGCCCGUUAGUAGUGGCGAAGUCAUGGCAAGCUCACGCCGCUUCUUCCGAUUCGCAGCCAGUGGCGAAAGUCGUCGUCUCUCUCGAUCCUCUUCAGGCGGACGAACCUCCUCAGUUCAGAAUGGAGAUGGCAGACAGUGAGACUGAGAAUCUACCUAAGAGCUACUCUUUGAAUAUGACUAAAGACUUCGUCCCUAUGUCUAUCUUUUCUGAGCCAAAUACAGGUGGGAUGGUUGCUGUUGAAGGAAAAGUGGAUCAUAAAUUUGACCUGAAGCCACAUAACGAAAACAUUGAAGAGUAUGGCCGGUUAUGUCGUGAGAGGACAAAUAAAUCAAUGAUCAGGACUAGGCAAAUACAGGUGAUAGAUGAUAACCGGGGAAUGCAUAUGAGACCAAUGCCUGGAAUGUUGGGCUUGAUAUCAUCGAACUCAAAGGAGAAAAGGAAGCCUCAACCUGUGAAGCAAACUGAGGUGAAAAGAACCAGAAGGGAUCGUGGUGAACUAGAGGAUAUAAUGUUCAAGCUGUUUGAGAGACAACCUAACUGGGCCCUGAAGCAGCUUGUCCAAGAGACAGAUCAACCAGCACAAUUUUUGAAAGAGAUUCUUAAUGAGCUGUGCGUAUACAACAAAAGAGGUUCGAAUCAAGGGACCUACGAGCUGAAGCCCGAAUACAAGAAAUCUGCCGUUCCUGAGCCAGGCGCUGAGUAACCAUUUGUGUAGUUAUGCUGCAAAAUCCGUUUUCAUGGUCGCGAAUGUGAAGAAGGUAGGGGUUACACUUACUACACAAUCCCUUGCUGAGGGAAGAAAUAACUUGUUGAUUACCAUAGAUAUUACUGCGCCUGACUUGAUACACAAUCACAAUGGCCACCUACGAUUGUUGUAUUUUUUGCCAUUAUCUUCGCUGCCAGUUCUUAAUCGUGGUCAUGAAAGUGAUGUUUACCAUAUGCUUCUGUGAUUUCGUUUCGUGUUUUUCGAUUGAUUUGAGCUUUCAUCAAAGAGUUGGUUUAUACUGUAAACUGGUAGCAGGCAGUGUAUCUAGUCUUCCCCUACGUUCUGGUAAAUGACGAAAUGAUAAUUAACAAUCUAGCUUCAUCAAAGGUUUGACUAAACAUUAUUCAAGUAA